UCUCUCUCUCUCUCUCUCCAUUCUGUCGCUGAGCUCUCCUUGGCAACCUAUAAUGAAGAAAGAGAUUUUAAAAUACAAAAGAGAUUUUCCACCAGUUGAUUAUUCACUGAAGGUAAACUCAUACACUUUGCUUUCGGAGUCAAAGACAGAAAAAUAUGAUACCAAUGUCUUUGAAGCUGGAGGCCAUAAAUGGAGAUUAUCUUUUUACCCAAAUGGAGACUUGAAAAAUAAUGGGAAUGGUUACAUCUCCCUCUAUUUGGAAAUUGUUGAGACAAACACUAAAGCGCUUAAUUGGGAGGUCACCGCUAACUUUAAAUUUCUUGUUUAUGACCAAAUGGAGGACAACUAUUUAACCAUCCAAGUUGCUAAUGGAGUUGUUAGGCGUUUUCAUGCAAUGAAGAAAGAAUGGGGAAUUGCACAGUUACUUCCACUUGAAACGUUUAAAAAUCCUUCUUUAGGAUAUCUCCUUAAUGACUCAUGUGUAUUUGGUGUGGACGUUGGUGUUGUAAACUGUAGUGGAAAUUGGGAAUCUAUAUCCAUGACUAAGCAGCCAAAGAAAGGCACUUACACUUGGAAAAUCGAAAACUUCUGUAGCUUAAAUAAACCUUUUUGCUCUGAAGUGUUUAAUGUCGAAGGAUUAAAUUGGAAGUUAUUCAUUUACCCAAAAGGAGACAGUUCUCAUUAUGGUGUGAAGGACAAGUCAUGCUCAUUUUACUUAGAACUGGUAGAUUGGGGAAGUCGUCAAAUGAAGAAAGCAGUUUAUGCAGAAUACAAUCUAAAAGUGUUGCACCAAGUCGAUGAUGAUCAACAUGUUGAACGAAAAGCUAGCCACUGGUUUAAGGACCAUAGUCUCAAUUGGGGUUAUGCAAGCUUUAUGCCUUUGAAGAAUCUCCGUGAUGAGUCUAAAGGAUUCAUUGUGAAGGAUACUCUAUUUGUCCAAGUUGUCUUCCUUGUUAUUUCUGUGGCUGAUGGUUUUUCAAGUAAAAACAAAGACAAAAUUAAAUAG